UUUGCAUUCGGUUUUUUGUUGUUGAAGCCACCAAUCAACCAAACAAAUAUGACAGUUCAACAAAAAGCCAAUUUAUGAUGAAAUUGUUUUGUCGAGUGAUUAAUUAGUUUUCUGGGUAAAUACAACUUCGGGAAACAUGGAAGCUGUCCCAAAAUUACCUAUGAUCAGCUUUGAGCUCAAAGUGAGCUCAGAAACUACUCAUUUUGGACCAAAAUUGAAGCAGUACAUUGCGGAGGCCUACAGGGAGGAUCCAGACAGCUAUGGUAAUGAAAUACAUCAGUUAGAAGGCUUGAGAUCUACGGCGGUUCGACCGUCAAUAGACUCUGCAGGUCUCAGCACUCUGAGUAGAUAUUUUUGCCAACUUCGAUCUAUGCAGAGCCGAUUUCCUAUGGCCAAAGGCCAACCUGCAGCAUGUAGUUUCGCUUGGAGAGACCUAUAUGCCAACAUGAGCUGUUCUCUACCCGACAUAAGAUUUGAGAUGGCCUGUAUUUUGUACAACAUCGGUGCACUACACAGUCAGUUGGCAGCAUCUGAGCCGCGGACAUCUGUUGAUAGUAUGAAGGCUGCAUGCACUCACUUUCAGAAUGCUGCUUGGGCAUUCAUGUACCUAAGAGAACAGUACACACAACCCCCAGGGGUUGAUGUGUCUGUAGAAAUCAUGAGACUGUUGCAGGAGAUUUGCUUUGCUCAAGCCCAGGAGUGCAUUCUAGAGAAGAGCAUUCAGGACACAAGGAAAGCCAGUGUGAUUGGUGCUGUUGCAACACAGGUGCAAAAUUUCUACAAGAAUUCCCUUGCUCUCCUCGGGCCAUCAGCAGGAACAGACAAUAUUCAUGAGAUCAUUGGCACCAAAUUGUACAAUUACUGGCACCGUUACUUGUCCUUCAAAUUGUCUUACAUAGGAUGUAUUGUGUGCUUGUAUCAAGGUUUACAUGCUGAAGAGCAACAGAAGAUGGGGGAAAGAGUAGCCUUCUAUCAGUUAGCAGUGGACAAACUCGGAGAAGCAAGGAAGCUUGCCAAAUACAUAGAGCCAGUACAAAUCACCCAGGAGGCUCUGACAUUUACCAAUGAUGUAGUGGAAGGAAAGAGGAAAGCUGCCAAGAAUGAGAACGAGUUCAUCUAUCAUGAAGAAGUUCCGGACAAAGAUUUGUUGACAGAUCUGAAACCUGUUUGCUUGGUCAAGGCUAUCCCUAUCAACUUUAAUGAUCCUGAGGUAUCAGGCCCAGACAUAUUCGGGAAGUUGGUUCCAAUGGGCGCUCACGAGGCGUCGUCCGUGUAUUCAGAGGAGAAGGCUGACAUGCUGCGCCACGUGCUGAGUGAGGCCGAGGCAAAGAACACAGAGCUUACCGAGUUCAUGUCCUCACUACAGCUCGACCAGUUGGAUGUCAUUGAUUCUGAUCAGAAGAUCCCCCAAGAGAUAGUUGAUAGAUGUGCGGCGAUGAAUGCCAAGACGGAAGUGAUCCAAACUCUGGUGGACUCUAUGAACAGCCUUGCAGAGAUCAUCAGUGAUGUGGAGCACUCACUUGCUGAAAUCAAGAACUUCAUUCAGGAAGAGACAGUAAAAGAGAAAGAGUUCCAGAAGGUGAUGGGUCAUCGUCCGCCAUCCAUAGUCCAGACAGAGCUGUCACGGGAGUACCACAAGUACCAGGAAGCUCACUCGCGCACCAAUGAGAGCAACCAAGUGCUACACAAAGCCAUGACACUACACAUUGCCAACUUGAGACUUCUGGCUCAACCGCUUGAAGUGCUGCAGAGCAAAAUACCUAGCAUCGACAAUAUUGAGGGCCUCGAUCGCGACAUAAUGAUGGAGAUGCGCCGCGUGGUGGGUAGGGCCCGCGAGAUGCAGGCGCAGCGCGACGCGCUGAUCCAACAGCUGCGCGAGGACGUGGCCAACGACGACAUAACCCCGCAGCUGCUCGCGCGCAGCAACGAACCCAAGGAGGAUAUCUUCAAGGAGGAGCUCGAGAAAUAUACGCCGAAGGUAAAAAUAAUCGGACAGAACCUAACAGCCCAGGAGAACAUCAUCAACAGAUUGACGCAACUCUAUGCGUCGUAUGGCGAUUCGCGACGUAUGCUCUCGGACGUGUUAAGGAAGCGAGAAGGCCUCGUCAAUGCUUUGAUCACUUCGUACGACACAUAUGAGGAGCUCUUAGGCAAAUGCCAGAAAGGACUAGAGUUCUACAAGAAGCUAUCCAUGAACGUCAACCAGCUGCUGUCGCGCCUGCGUAGCACCUGUCAGGUGCAAGAGGAAGAGAGAGCGCAACAACUUGCCAAGCAGAGUUCCAAAGGCGCGGCGGCCGCAAAUACAUCAGAGCACACUCCGGUCGCGGCCACUCCUAUGAAGCUACCUGACACGAUGCCCGUGCCAUCCACUGCUGGCGGCUCGCUCAAGCUGAAGGAUUACUUGCCCUACAUGAAGAACGCUGGAAUGGCCAGAGGUGUUAUACCGCCUGCACCGGUGGAACACAUGCCGGAGUCGUACUACCCUGAGUCAAUAUAUCCGACAUCGGUGAGGCCAGCGCCUGUGGGAUCUGAGGCCACAGACAUUUCACAAAUGAAGCUUCCUGAUGGAGUGGUAACGCCAGCGAUGCAAGGCCAAAAUCCCUACAAUCGAUACGGGGGUCAUUAUCCCGCAAGUGAGACUGAUGCGUAUCCAUUAUCUUCCAACUACCAGUACCAACCCAGCAAACCUUAUAAACCUGACGACGCAUUUGGGUACUCCACUUCCUAUACACCUCAGUUUUCUUCUCAAUCUGUCGAUCCUCAAUACUCGAAUCCCUACUAUUCAGGCACCCAAAACAACACCACUGCUGUAUCUGACUCGCAGAAUCCGCAUUAUAACAACAUGGGUGCUUCAAAUUUAAACCCAAAUCCUUACAUAAAUCCGGAUUCUUACAUGCAAGGACAUCAAAUGGGAACCAUAUCGGAAGUCUCAUCUGGAACUGCAUACAAUAUGGGGCAACAAAUGAACCAAUCGGAACUUAACGUGAACUUUGGACAGAUGCAAAUUGCUGCAAAACCCGAACCUGGAGUGAGUUACAACACAGAUUAUUCUCAAACUUUCUACUGUGUGCAGUAUCCGGCGACAUCGACUCCCGUACCGACAUAUAGUUACGCGCCGCAAAAUUCAAAUACAAGCACAGUCCCGGCUAAUGUAUCGUCUGACACUUCCGCCACUUACCCAUACUCAGCUGAGUCAGCGAUACAAAACCAAUACGUGCCCCCGGGGCCUGCAGCACAUGUUGCUUAUAGCGCCGCUAAUCAACCGGGCGUAUCUCAUGUACCUUACGCCAAUGAUCAACCAACUGUGUCCAAUGUUAAUCCUGUUUCACAUGCAUAUAGCAUGCAAGAUACAGCGUAUAGCUUCCCUGGCGCGACGUAUGAAGCAGGAUCACAGGGGUAUACGAUAUAUACUAACACGGAGAGUGUCAUUACGUCAACAACUAGCGUAAACAACGCUCCCCAUGUGUCUGCCAACAUUCCCCAGCCAUAUAGCUUUGAACAAGAUCCGAAUUACAAUCCGGCGGCUUUAGCCCAACUCGAUGCUAUGGAUCAGCCAAUAAAGUCCCAUGUCACAGGAGAGGCGUUGUCAUCCAAUAUCCCAAGUUACCAAAGCUACGACCAAAAUGCCAUGAAUAUCGCAAAACCGCAAGAAAACACGUCUGGUUACAACCCAUCAGAUGCAAAUUAUCAGCAACCUAACCAGAUGCCUAAUCAGAACUUUCAAACCAAUUUCGCUUUAAUAGACCAAACGUCAAUGGCGAAUUAUUCACAAUCCUAUCAGAACCAUCCAGGCUACACUUAUAACGCAGCCAGUGGUGCUUAUGAAUACAAUUACGGUUCGUCUCAAAACUCAUAUAACAAUUUCGGAAAUUCCCAAACGAGUAUGGACUCUCAGAAAAUGGGACAAGAUCAAAAUUGGGCGCAUCAAGGAGUGUAUACGAGUGCAGGACAUUGCGAAACAUUGCAGUCUCCUUCAGAAAAUACUUUAAUGCCCCAAAGUUCUUCAGAGCAGAGUAAUAACCAAGUGUAUUAUAAUUCUCCGUACGGGUAUCAAACCGCUACCAACCAAUCGAGUGACAUGGCGCCCAACCCCGCGUCGACGGCGACUAACUAUGGCGCUGAUAUGAACCAGUCCACUUAUAUGCAGUCGGGACAGCAAAACACGAGUGUGACGUUUAGUAAUAAUCAAAAUCAAGUUACCACUCCGAUAGAGAACGAAGUAGAGCCCAAAUUUGGUCAAAACUCUGGAUAUACCCACCCUAAUGCUGGUGACAUCAAUUCCCAAACUGUACCAGUAGUGAGCCAAGUAGAAACUCAGCCUCAGGAACCGGAGAUAGUUGCGCCUCCGGAAAGCGUGGAAGUAAAAUCGGAACCUUCAGCAUUCGACCUUCUGUCAGAUAUUGAUUUUACCGUUGAACAACCACCUCUAAUGCCAGAAAUAAAAGUCCCUCAGAUAUCAGAAAGCCUUAUUAAAAAGCCUGUUGUUGCUCCUAAAAUGGAGCCUGUUGUGAAGCCAGUACCUAAAGAGGAGACUAUAGAACGUCCAGCGAAGCGAGACGUGUUCUCAGAUCCGAGUUUACUCAACAAGUUUACUGAAGAAGUGAAAAAUUUGCAAAAGCUGGUUGAUUCAUUAGUGAAUAAAACUGUAGGAGGUAUAACAGUUUUGGAUGCGAAGUGGAAGACGUUCCAGGACACUCAGACCAAAGAAAACAUGAGUAGAUCCAAGUCCAUCGCACAGAGACAUUCCAACAGGAACAUUGUGACCGAUGUAGUGCCUUAUGAUGACUCCCGGCUCACGCUCAAGUCUAACCCCGAUGCUUACAUCAAUGCCUCUUAUUAUAAGCAACUGGCUUCGUGGUGCAUUCCUUUAGUAAUAUCGAAGAACCCGUCUGAUAAUGAGUACAGCACUUUCUGGAAAGCCAUUCUUGAGAAUAAAAUAAGUUGCGUCGUUUGUCUUUUGAGUGAAAUUGAGAUGCAAGGUAAAUCCUACUGGCCCACGGCAAAGGGUCAGUCCUUAGACCUCUCUGGUGGGUUGAAGGUGACCUUAGAUGAAGUUACCUGUACCGUACACUGGACUGAGAGAAAACUUACCGUGACAAAUGGAAAAACUACGCAAAACGUCUCACAUUAUCAGAUCAACGUAUUUCCAGCCAAAAUUGUCUGCUCGCCGUUGGUACUUCUUGCCGACAAGAUCCUCAGCCUGACGUAUGACAAUCGUCUGAGCAACCAGCUGAGUGGAGCCUGGGUUCAGUGCGCGGCUGGUUCAGGACGUAGCGCCGUCAUGGCACUGCUUAUUAUGGUCAUGUGCCAGGUUCGGGCCGGACAGUUGGACCUCACUGAUAUGCUGGACGUCGGCUGCAUAAAUCUGUGCAAGAAUAGAACCAAUGUUCUGGAAGAUACAAAAUAUGUGGCGGAUGCUUACAGAACAGCGCUGUUUUAUGUCCAGGGAGUGCUUUGUUCAGGGACCACGAUGUUCAACGGCGAAGCAGUCUCCGGACAGAGUGGAGCGUCUAUCCUGCCCCCGGCCCCUCCCGCCACCUCAUCCACCAAUCCGAAGACACAGAAGUUCUCCAGAGAAUCCUUCGAAGAAAUGAAGCAAGCACCAGGUCUCAAAAGUGGAGAUAUGAAAGACCCACUGAAUUUCCUCGAUCCCUUGUGGAGUUUGAAGAAAAAGUGAAAUUGUGACGUCAGGAAUGUUAAGUCUGGUGAUUAGUGACGAAGCCCGCGUGUCGAUAAGUCAAUAGCGCCGAGUCGAACGUUUUAAACAUCAUAAUUUGAGAAGUCGAUUAGUCGAAAUGAGUUGUUCUUUGGUUGGGAAGGCUGAUAUUGGGGAUGUGCUUUCAAAAUGUACCAUUUGCCGAGACCUUACAGUUUUCGUUCAUAUUUCAGUAUGUUUUAUGAAUAAUUAUUCGAAAAGUACCCUAUUGACUUUCGACCUGGGAGAGACUGCAAGUAAAAUAAGAUAUUCCUCUAUAAGCCAUUUUAUUUGUAUUUUUUUCUCUGGUUUCUAUAAGAUUAGGCUCUAAAUUUACACUGCGCAAUUUAUCCAGCAUUUAUUCAAGCAUUGAUUUUGUCAUUAAAAAUACAUUACAGGACUAAAGACAUAAAAAUGUAUUUAUCUUAAUAAAAAUCAAACUCGUAAUCAAUUAUGACUAAAGUAUUAUGUAUCUAUUUAAGAUGCUCUCGUUAUUUAUUCAUUCAUACUGCUAAAGUUAGAAAAAUAUUAAAAUGAAAUAAUUAUUAUUCACAAACUUAAAUUAGAAUUAUAUUAAAAGUUUAUUUAUUGGAUUAAAAAUAAAAUUACUGUAAGUAGUUUGGUGAAGUUAAAAUAAUCGUUAGUGUUGUUAAAAAUCGAUCAACUAUUUAGUUGCAUUCCUAUUUAAUAUGUUUAUGUAACUUAAUAUUUACAAUUGUUAGUCGCGUUAGUUGGACACAGCCUUACAAAUGUUGAUAAAAUGUAAUAAAAAUGUGUACACAAAUGUAAGCUACUGCCACGCGAAGGAUUAUGCUCAUUUAUACGUUCUAAACCAUUACACACCAUACUACAGCCAAAGUGGUCAUAAUUAUAUUAGAAUUAUUGUUAGAUCACAUUUAGCUUAGGCAUUUGGAUAUUAUUCCUGCAAUUGCUUUUCUUGUUGCCGUUUGGUGUGUAUAACAACAUAUCAUCACAUCACGCCUGUAUCCCCAAAGUGAUAGGCAGAGGUGUAUUGUAUAUACACCCACUUUUCACUAAUAAGAGACGAACCCCCUAGUUGGUGUGUAUAAAUGUGUGUAAUACUUAAAACAAUCGGAUGUUAUCAAAAUGCUGUUGGAUUCUUUAUUGGCAUGGCAGACGCCAACGACGUCGAUCGAAGCAGUAUGGACUUAAUCUUACAGAUAUUUCUAAAAAUAUAGUCGCCUAACGAAAGGGCUUUUUUUAUUUUUAGGAGAGUUUGUAAGAUGUUACAUUGAUAUUUGUAUAGUGUCAUGAUUUUAUAAGGUACGCAAUAAAGUAAUUGGACUGAU